AUGAAAGCUCUGCACAGAGUAACCCGCUGGCGUUGGCGCAGCUCCACAAGCUCGAAGUCGAACACUUCGCCAGAAGAGCCAGAGCAGGCCAAAGAUGCACUUGCCGUACGCUCGCUUGAUGGCAAUCGCCCGCCGGUCGGGCAACUUGAACCCAAUGGCCAUCAAGAGGGCGAGGAGACAAAGGUUGAUGCACCAGGACACUCCUACGGACCCAACCAGUUGAUCGCCGAAGAUCAACGCCACGGUGAAGAUAAUGCCGACGAGAGACUGCUGAGCAAGCAAGAAGAGUUGGUGCGCAAUAGCGAUAAGGAGGAGAUACAGGAACUGUGUGCCUCCCUGCUGCAGCUGCACAAUGACCGCCGGAGAAGCGAGGAGAUAGCCGCCGCCCGGUUGAAGGCAGUUGAGGGCGAAAAGGCUGCCUUGGAGGUGGCCAUACAAGCUGAGAGAGCGAAGACGGCAAUGCAGCAAAAAACCAUGCAUUUUCUUCGGCAGAUAAGUAUCGAGGCGCAAUCUGUGGAGACUCAGCUACGAAACGAGUUGCAGACGUUGAAGAACGAAAAGAGCCAAGGGACCAACGGGCAUUCUGACACAAAGGAGGAGAAGAUGCGGCGUGGAUUGGCACGGCUGGUGGAGAAGGACCUGCGGAAGCGGGUGGCCGUGCUAGAGCAGUCCCAGAGGCAACAAGUGGGCGAAAUUCGAAGUCUCUUGACUCCGCUGCAGGUUCUGCAGCGGAAUGGGGGGUCGCACUUCGACAGGAUUCUCACAGUCGGGAACAACCAGGGUGCCACGCUUAGUGCCCUGUAUGACGGCAAUCCCGAUUGUACGAGGCUGCGCGACGACUUCUUGUCCGCUUGGAGGCUAAACGGGCUCGCAAUAGAGCGAAUCUUGAGGAUCACGGUUCCCGCAGAUAUUCGCGCGAAGCACGACAAGUACGCACGGAGUCAUCGGACUGUUGUCGGGCGUUUCCAUGGAACCUCUUGCGGAAGCACGUGCAAUCUGGUCCUCGACCCGAAGAAAGCUUCCCCGUGCGGGCUGCAGCUCUGCAACGUUUGCAACAUUUGCUUGCAAGGCUUCAAACUCGGAAAACGCUCGACGCGGUUCGGACGAGGGGUUUACUUCAGUUCAAAACCUGGUAGAGCCAAUGCCUACGCUCCGGCGACCGAGAAAAAGGAAAACGGGAAAAGGUUGCGAUGCAUGUUUGUGGCCGACGUGGCGAAGGGGUCAGUCUUCCUCACCAAGAAGAAAGGGUUUGACGGUGGCACGUACCCACCACCAGGCUAUAAUUCCGUCCAGGCUGAGGGCGCCAUCGAGGAGCUGGUUGUGUACAACGAAGACGCUGCCCUACCGACCCAUCUAAUCGUGUACAGCCUUCCGUAAAAUCCGGCCAGCAAACUUCACAAAACUCAUGGCGAGACAUGACGCCGGACGACAGGAUAUACCAGAUCAUGCGCAAGAGGCACUCGCUGGCUGCGUACAUGUAGUACCGCUGGGGACACGCAUGCAUCGAGAUUUAUGUAGUAGGAGCCUCCAUGGACGUGUGGCGCGCUUUCGUCCAGAAUUGGCCGAAGCAACUUCGCGGAAUGCUUAGAGAGAUCUUGACACAAUUGCAUUAGCGACGGAGCAAGAGAGACUAUUCCGCGUGGAGAACUUUGAAUCACACGUGGAAGACGAAUUUUGUGAAUAGUUGGGCGUGGAGUCUAGCAGUCUGUGUGCUACUUGGAAUGGAAAUAUCAGUGAUUUCGUUUCUUCUUGCGGCGGCCAGAAUCGAUUCACUUGUUAUUUUUUUGCAUUCGAUACGACGAACGGGUACUCUUGUUUCCGUCUUUCCGGAACUAGGACUGUAGUGGCUGGCUUGCCUUCGAAUAGACGGUAGGAGGACGUAUGUAGUUGGAUGAGGUCAGCCUGAGAGACUUCGCCGGACAAGCAAAGACAUGGUGCGGACAACUUGGUUGGAGUUUUGGAGGAGACUCGGUGGUACGCGCAGUACUAAGAGUACGUACACUGGAGGUAUGACAGCGGAGUCGAGACGAGCGGUAACGACGUCACAAAACAAAAGACUACCAUCGACAAAGCGUCGAGGGUAAACGAGAAUAAAAGAGAAUCAAACGG